GCCGAGGAAGCUAUUCGAGCCCAACUGGAUGCGGGGGAUGAGUCUGCGGAAUUGUAUUGCGCACUUGGCGAUGUGACAAAAAAUCGUGAAUACUAUUGGAAAGCGUGGGAAGUUUCCGGGGAACGUUCGGCCCGAGCCAUGCGCAGUCUGGCUGUGGUAUACAUGUAUGUGGACAAGGACUAUCCGAAAGCAAUCGAAUAUUUCGACAAGUCUCUUCAAAUAAAUAAUCUUCAGGUCUCGCUGUGGUUCACUUUCGGUUGUUGUUGCCUGCAAGCGGCCGAGUAUGCCAAAGCGGAAACCGCAUUCCGACGAUGUGUUACCUUGGAUCCAGAGAUCAGUGCAGAUGUCGGUGCGUUUACCGACACCAUUCAAGCGUGUCAUCGAGUGAUAGAACUACGUGGUAAAUAUAAUGACGAUCAAGUGAUGGGUGUGCUCUGUAAAGCGGUUCUGGACGAUGUUCCAGAUGAUCGCGGUCGACCAGCCUCAGCUUUACGAACCAAGGUGCUCGAAUUGUUCGGUCGUGUCACUGCAGUUACGCCCACAAAUGCCGAGAUUUGGACACAUUAUGCCAAUCUGUUGCUCGGCGAGAAGCCACGUUUGAAAGUGGUCAACUAUCAGCGGGCGAUCCAAAAUCUCCAACACGCGCAUCGUUGUCGUGUCCAACCAACCGAUAUACCUUGGGAACAGGAAAGUAAGCGACGAGAUGCUGUUGUAGGCGGUCUUCAACUUCUAGUCCAGACCCUAUUGAAUGCCGAUUCUCUCCUGGCCGAUCCUUCCACUGUGAACGGUAGCACAGAAAUUGUGCCGGCCGGAACAGAGAGGUCCUCCUUGGAAGAGACCAGUCAGAAAGCAUUUAUCCGCUCUUCACUGUCCACACUUCGUGUAACCAUCCUAUCAGUGAUGGGUCAUUUUAAGCGUGUUUUGGAAUCGUUGACAACCUCAGACGCCGUAGUUGAAGUACGUAAGCAACAGGCUGAUUUGGAAGAGUUGCUAUCUUCAAUUGAUACUGCACUGGGGGCAACAGCUUGA